AUGCCCGUGCGCAAGGGGCUGCUCGCGCCCCAGAACACCUUCCUCGAUACCAUCGCCACUCGCUUCGAUGGCACACAACUUACUUAUAAAGUAAGUUAUGCUGUACAGGAAAGUGUACAAGUGUGGGAGAGCCAUGCCUCGGCACGAAUGGGUCGGCUCAACCGGAGUAAUACCAUGGCCUCACAGAAAACCGGCGUGAAACCACCACAGCGUUAUGUUUCGCCGUACAGCAACUUCGUGUUGGGCAACGCUCAGGUGCCGUGCUACCCGAUCGUGUACUGCUCAGACGGGUUUUGUGAGCUGACAGGGUGGGCACGCGCGCACAUUAUGCAGAAAGGGUGCGCGUGCAAGUUCCUCCAUGGACCCGACACACGCGACGAACAUCGGCAUGAGAUCGACUCGGCGUUAGAAGCAAAACACGAACUGAAACUAGAACUUAUAUUUUAUAAGAAAAAUGGAUCUCCCUUUUGGUGCCUGCUCGACAUCGUCCCAAUUAAGAACGAGAAACGAGAAGUGGUUUUAUUUCUCGCCUCCUUCAAGGAUAUCACCAACACUAAGAUGGCCGCCAUGAACACUAAUGAGAACUUCGACAGCGCGGCACUCUUGGGCGCCCGGUUCCGCGCUGAAUCUAGUUGCCUACUUCCAGACCCGAAUGGCAAUCUUGACCCCGAAGCGCCGUCGCCCGCGAACAUGGGCAGGCGACGCUCUAGGGCGGUACUAUACCAGCUUUCAGGACAUUAUAAACCGGAUAAAAUGAAGACGAAACUAAAACUCAACAAUGUUAGUAAGAAUCUAUUACACUCAUCGGACCCUCCGUUGCCUGAAUAUAAAACGUCAGCAUUAAAAAAGUCUAGAUUUAUAAUUUCCCACUACGGGGUGUUCAAAACAUUUUGGGAUUGGCUGAUCCUCAUAGCCACGUUUUAUGUGGCUGUAGUGGUUCCGUACAAUGCCAGUUUCGUUGACGAAGGCCACCCCAGGAUAAGUGUGACGAGUGAUGUCGUGGUAGAAGCGCUCUUCAUUAUCGAUAUAGUGCUCAAUUUCCGGACGACAUUCGUAAGUAAGAAAGGCGAAGUAGUCUCUGAUUCUAAGGCGAUAGCCCUUAAUUACAUCCGGAGCUGGUUUGUGGUGGAUCUCCUGGCGGCGCUGCCGUUUGACCUACUUUAUGCGUCCGACGUAUACAGCGGGGCGGAGUCGACACACGGAAAUGUGCAUUUAGUGAAAUUAACAAGACUGUUACGACUGGCCCGGCUGCUACAGAAGAUGGAUCGAUACUCGCAAUACUCGGCUUUGAUACUGACGUUACUGAUGCUCUCUUUCACUUUGCUAGCUCAUUGGCUCGCCUGCAUUUGGUUCAUUAUAGCUGACAAGGAAAUUGAAAUUCAUAAGAACGAAAGUUGGGACCUAGGAUGGAUAAACAAUCUGGCGGAGAGGUUGAAGGUUCCGAUUCCUAAUAUUUCACACAGCGAAAGCUAUGUGACGGCACUUUAUUUCACGUGUUCGUCUCUGACUAGUGUGGGCUUCGGUAAUGUGUCCGCCAAUACUCUCGCAGAAAAGAUCUUCAGUAUAAUCACAAUGUUGAUCGGAGCACUGAUGCACGCUGUCGUGUUUGGAAACGUGACGGCUAUCAUACAGCGAAUGUACUCUCGCCGCUCCAUGUAUCAAAGCAAGUGGCGAGAUCUCAAAGACUUUCUAACCAUAAACCAAGUGCCGAAGGAACUGAAGCAACGGAUGCAAGACUACUUCCAGACUAUGUGGUCGUUAAAUCACGGCAUCGAUAUACAUGAGACUCUCAAAGAAUUUCCCGAAGAGUUGAGGGGCGAUGUGUCUUUACAUUUACAUCGGGAGAUAUUAUCUCUUCCAAUAUUUGAAUCAGCUUCGCAAGGUUGUCUUAAGCUGCUGUCUUUACACAUUCGGAACAACUUUUGCGCCCCCGGCGAGUAUCUCGUCCACAAAGGGGACGCGCUAACGUACAUCUACUACAUAUGCAACGGGUCCAUGGAAGUGAUGCAGAAUGACAUGGUCGUCGCUAUACUGGGUAAAGGAGAUUUGGUGGGCUGCGAUAUGAAUACCCAUUUGCAAGCUUACAACGGUUCGGGUUCGUCCCACCCGCAGGGGAAUAAUCCUGAUGUUGUGGUCAAAUCGAGCAGCGAUGUUAAGGCUUUGACCUACUGUGACUUAAAAUGCAUACACAUGGGUGGUUUAGCCGAAGCUUUGCGACUAUAUCCUGAAUACCAGCAAGAGUUCAUCCACGAUAUACAACACGACCUCACGUACAACUUGCGGGAAGGCUACGAGGCUGAAGCGGAGUCAGACGGCAACGGACACCCAUCCCUCACGUUACCCUCAAUAUCGGAGGACGACGAGAACGCUGCCGAGGACACAGCACUCACGCCCAAAAAAUUACCCGCGUCAAACACAAACAGCCCUCGGCAUACAAAAUUCAGGACCGAUGGACAGCCGCGACUUUCUCAUAGAGAAUUACGUGAAAGGAUAGAAAGACAACGUUCUAUAGCAACGCCGAAAGUAUCAAGAGCCGACUCUUUGGAGGGACUCAAUUUAGAAGUGCACAAUACAAGGUCAUCGGUGGACAGGCUUGAUACCCAAGUUCGCCACGCCAUCCAAGCGUUGCAAGAAAUGACAGCACCAACAGGAUGGCACGCAGCACAUUCCAAUCCUAAUCUCCAGUGGAACGCUCCACCGAACCAAUUGGCUAGGAGCUGUAGUCAUCCGCCUGACGUAUUCUGCUGGGAUCAGCAAGAACGACCUGUCACACCGGAGAGGCCGAAAGUACACAAGACUACACAAACCGAGCCUUUCCUGCACCUCGUCACGCAGUACAUAAUGGAGCAUCCAGCUACUGUGAUGUUAUUGCUGGGCAUCGACCCGAUGGCAAAUCUGGCACCCGUCAUGCCAGGCACGGUGGACUACUACACAGACACGCGAGGUCGACGACCCAGCACAUUGGAGCAAAUUAUAGAAUCGGAGACAGGGAGCCAGACGCCAUCCAGCACGACAAGCGAGAAAUUCGAACAAGUAAGGAGUCCUAGUGGAAGUGUGAAAGACCUAGAAGUGCAAAUAGAGAAUGAAGUAAAGAAAGCGCCAGAAAAAGAAACGUUAAAUGCGACUAUGAGACGCAGUAGGUAUUCAACCAGCGACUUGUGCGAGGCCUCGGAACGACUGCUCGCCACACGCUCCACGCACCCCAGCACCCGUAGCCUCAAGUUUAACAUCAACAGCUAA